AUGAUUUUUGCUGCAAUCCAGGUCUCGAUCGCUGGUCUCAAACUAACGAGCUUCUUCAUCAACCGAUGGGCUAGAGGUGCGAAAGUUGGAAGCGGAGACGAAGAUGAAGAAAAUGUCGGAGACGACGGAGCUAGCGGUGGAAUUUCCAUCAUGGGUGUUUUGACUCUUAUUGCUGGUGCCCUCAUUCUUGCUGCUUACUGCGAAGACGAACCCGAUGAACGAACUUUCAACGUUUUCAAGGCGGGUGUCUAUUUGAACACAUUCCUCUUUGCUGUUGCUUUGAUCUUCAUUUGUGGUCUUGUUAUUGCUUUCGUUUUGGAUAUCAUAACUCGACGACGUGGUCGAUCAAUCACUUUCCGAAUGUUCCUCGGUGGAACUAUCGUUCUCUCCAUCGCUGCUGCUUUCUUUGGUGCUACUGGUAUCAUGGGUCUCAAAUAUGUCCAGAAUGAAUGCUUCGACGAAGUCAACCUGUUUUUUAAGCUGAGAGAACAACCUAUGGCAUACCUUCAAUUGGAGAAGAAUUAUGCAGCAGAAGAUCUUUUCGGAACCGAUGAAAAGCCAACUGCUGAGAGCUUGUACGCUAGUUAUGAGGAUAGAAUAAUAGGCAAACCAGUUAUAUUUGAAGAGAAAGAUGAAGACUUGGUUGAUGGAUCGUAUUAUGUUGUCUCGAUUGUGCAUAAUACAACAACCUCACGGGGAGAUAUUCUGAAUAUGAAGAUCAAAACAGCUAAAUUCGUCGAUGGAGAACUUGCUCUCAGUGAAACAAAUGCGCGAUGUUUCGAGACAGCUAAAGGUUUUACUGAAAUUAAUGGGCUCUUGACUUGCAAAAUCCGAUAUUCACAUGUUGAAGAAGAAUUCACAAGAUAUGAAGAAGCAACUCAAAAAAUUGUUGGUCGGACACAAUGCUUGCACAAAGAAGAAGAAAUUGAAUGCAAUGCUGAAUCAGAUUCUUACCCUCUUUGUUGCAAUCAGUUCACACCUGAUUAUACUGAUGGCAAAUGGCAUGAUUGCCACUGUAUCAAUAAUCCUUCUGAUGCAAGCUGCCAAUUUAACAAGGACAAAGAUUGCUCUUACAAACGGAAUACUCUUAAUCUUGACAAUGAUGAUCAAAGAGAGUAUUAUUGCGGAGCACAAACCACAGGCUGGUGCAGUAAGGAUUCAAAUGAUAAAUUCGACUACAAGGAUACAUGCAAAAAUGCUGGAAAUGAUGAUGAAACAUUUGAUUGUUGUAUUGGACUUUAUCAAUCUCAUGAAUGGUAUAAAUGGGGAGAGGAGCAAAGUCUUGAUAUGACUCCAGUCAGGGUGUGA